ACCCAUAAAAUAUCAAACUUAUCUCCAUAAACCUAGCUUAAGCUUACUAUUUAUUUAUUUAUUUUGUAAAUGGCAAGUAUGUUAUUCCAUUGGCUUCCUCCACGAUGAAGCUAAGCCAGAACCUUAAUUUACAAACCAACCCACCAAUCCAAACCAGAAUUCAUCGCCUCCCUCUUUCACCAAAUAUUACAACUUCCCAUCUCUUCACACCUCCCCUUCAAAAGAACAGAUUCAAAUGCAUUACUCUAAAAGCUAUCAACGAAUCAAUUUCAUUGCCAACCAUGUCCGAAAUACUAGAAUCAUCAAGUGCUCAAAAACUCAACCUUCAGCUUCAAACUCUAGGACCCUUUUUCAGAAUCACAGCAAGGAGUUUGGUAACAGAUAAUGAGCUUGGAAAAGCUGAGGGAUUGGUAAGAAUGUGGUUUGGAAGAGGUAAUAUUCUUCACUUGGAUUCUAUUAAACUCCAAAGAGAAACACUUGGAAUGGAGAAAUCAAUAUUUGGAAUUGGUUUGUAUAUUGGAGCUGUUGCUAUUAGACAUGGAUUUGAUUGUGGUUGCAAAUCAGCUCAAUUACUUGCUAUCAAUGAUUCUGAUCUUUACCAUUCUAAGUUGAUUAGGUUCUACACAAGACUUGGGUUUAAACCUGUGUAUGAAGUAACUGGCUCAUCUGUUGGGGAUCUAACUCACAUGCUUGUCUGGGGAGGUGUUGGUACUCGCAUGGAUGCCAGUGUUGAAGAACUUAUGAUAAAAUGGUGUAAAAGAUUUAAAAAGACAAGUGUACGCGAAAUACCGAAGUAGCAUGCAUUAUACACCCAAAAUUACAAGUUACAAUGAUCAAUGUGAAGGACUUCUAUUGAUGUAUAGUUGUAUAUUCUUCCAUUUUUCAAUUGCCAAACCGCUCAUAUAUAUUUACAGAUUCUCUGGCAAAAUAGAAAGGUAACUUCUCAAGAUUCUGAAGGUACGCUUUCCUAUUUGAGGAAUUGAUGCAAUCCUUCAAAAAUGUUUAGUAAUUUUCCUUGUGGAAAACAAAUCUAGUUGUGGUUUUGGUGGAAAAUUUGGUGCACAAAUUCUUCAACUCUGUUGCUAAGUUAGAUGGUCCACAAUAAAAAACUCCUGUAGUAGGAAAUCCACAUAGUUAGAACUUAAAAGAUAAUAUAGAAUGAUGUCUAUUUCAAUCAUUAACUUAAAUAAUAUAGAAUGAUGACAAAGUAUGCUAAGUUAAUGACAUGUAUAAUUUAGCAUACUUUUUUAAAUA